UAUCUUCUGCGACCCUUCAUCAGUCUGAGGCAAAGCUCUCUCACUGUCCUUCAAACACUAUAAAUUAGAAAUUCUUCAAAUCCUCAACCGAACCCUAAUCCUAAAACCCUUCAUUUGUUCUUCAAUCGAAUCCAACGGUUUUCCCCUUUCCGAAACCCUAGAUUUGACGAUGGACAUCGAGCAGAAGCAAUCGGAACUCAUCGACCACUUCGUCAAGCGAGCCUCCGCCGCCUCCGACGCCGCCGCACUCGCCUCCGUCCUCGUCGAAGCCACCUCUCACCCUUCGCUCUUUGCUUUCUCUGAGAUUCUCGCUCUUCCCAAUCUUCUGCAGCUUGAGGCAACUGAGAAUUCUGCUUACCUUGAUGUGCUUCGAUUGUUUGCACAUGGAACAUGGAGCGAUUACAAGAGUAAUGCUGACCGUCUUCCACAAUUGAUACCUGAUCAGAUCCUCAAGCUUAAGCAACUAACGGUUCUUACGCUGGCUGAGACAUACAAGGUUCUACCCUAUGACCAACUGAUGCAGGAGUUAGAUGUGACAAAUGUCCGUGAACUUGAAGAUUUUCUUAUUAAUGAAUGCAUGUAUGCGGGAAUAGUCCGUGGAAAGCUCGAUCAGUUGCGACGAUGCUUUGAGGUCCAAUUUGCAGCAGGUAGGGACUUGAGGCCUGAUCAACUGGGGAAUAUGAUACAGACUCUCUCUAGCUGGUUGUCUACAUCAGAAAAUCUGCUUGUUUCAAUUCAAGAGAAGAUAAAAUGGGCUGACGCUAUGAGUGAAAUUGACAAGAAGCACAGGAAGGAUGUGGAAGAAAAGGUGGAAGAAGUAAAGAAGUCCAUUUUCAAGAAGUUACACACUGUAAGCAGGCCGACAUCGACUUCAGAGGCCAUGAGGAGAUCUGCUCUGAAUCUGGUGGAGUGAUGGAUUAUGAAGAAGAUCGAAGCCGUCCAAAGAGGAGGCGGCACCCAAUAUCUUGAAGAUUUUAGUAGAUAAAGGAGCUCAUUGGAUGGGUUCUAUAGUUGCUUGCCUGACUUUUAUUCAUGGCAUGCGUCGACCGAGGAUAUCAGCUUUUGCAGACAAGCAUAUCUCAUCGAUACUGCACUUGUCUGUCACACCACAAAGCAAGAUAGGAACAAGGAAAAAGGAGGGAAAACCUGUUAAUUUCUUCAAGGUUGUAUUUAGGAAAUUGAUGGUGUUUAUUGAACCAUUGUUAAUCGUAUACUGAGUUGGUAAGAACAAGCUGAAAUGGUGGUGCGGCUAUUUAUUUUUUACAUGUUUCUGGAUGAUUUAUUGUUUUGUUUUGUAUUAUGCUUCUUAUAUGCUAUGCUGCCUCUAUUGCAUUGCUAUACUUUGUGGUGAAUAUAUAUUCCAAAAAUAAGAUGUUAGACACAUAUUUCAACAUUA